AUGGACCACAAUGACGGCAACGAAGAGGAAUCCCCCCCAACCACCAGCAUAGCAGACAAGGAGAGCGGCAACAACACCACCGUCGACGCCGCAGUUUCUGGGCCGUGGACCACGCAGAAGCAAGAGGUCACCGUCAAGGAAGAGGCCCUGAGCGAUUCUGACGAUGGUUUGUCCGACGACGGCGAGGUUUUGAGCAGCAGCCCGAUCAAUCGCCCUUCAACGCCCCAAGAAGGCGACUUCCCYCCAGAAACCGACGCGACCAUCGCCCACAACCUUGCCGAACUUCGCGCCAUUUCCCUUCCCAGCUCCGACUUUUUCAGCGGGCACCAAAGGCACUACAAGUACCGCAAAGAGCGCCUCGAACAGUUCUUCGGCAAGUACACAACCUGGGAGACAUAUCCCGGUUUCACGGAAGACAUGAAGCAGGAGUGGCGAGGGUUGCUUGUCGAAUUGGUUACGAAGCAUCAUGAGCGAUUAAUGCCUUUGUUGUUGGGCCCUCAUACAGAUGAUAAGUCGGGAACGCGACAUGCAAAGAGGCUUCCGGGCUCGGUGCAUACGAGGGUGUUGAGGAAGAGACAAGGCUGGUUUGUCGAGGCGGGAAAGCCUUUGCCGGAGUGGAUGUUCAAAGACCGACGGCGUAAUUGA